AUGAAGAAUUCAGUAACUACUCCAGUUUUGCGAUAUAUUCCUAAAUCACGUCGUAAGGAAGGGGAAUCACCUUUUGCAGGGCAUCAGGUCAUGAAAGUAGACCAAAGGAAGAAAAAAGUAGAUGAGACUACUCUUCAAUGUUUAAAGCAAGAAGUGGUUGUUCCUUUGCCUAGAGCCAACCACAAUCAAAUUGCUAAGCCUCCGACAUCGGAAUCUGUUGAUCAAUCUAGGAGAAAAUGGCUUAACAAGGGUAAAUUUGACCCAAACGCUUAUAAGCUCUUGGCGAACUCUGGUUAUGACUUCGAAAAUCCAGCGUCCAUGGGAAAUGUUAUUGAGGUUGAGCCUCAUGGAAUCAAUGACACACAAAAGAAAUUACAAGAAUAUGGCGUUGAGGUACGUCCGACUAAAGUUGGUUUGGGAUUUGAAGCUCCAACACCCAUCAAAAUUUCCGCACGGCGUAGAGGGACAACCUCUUCUUCACAAUAUAUUACUGCGGAGGAAGUCGAAGAAAAUGAGGGUGAAGAAGGUGCGACCCAGCAAAAAAUAUCGGUCUUUGAUCGAAUACAGUCGCCUGUCAUAAAGAACCAUACAUCGGUUUUUGACAGACUUGGUGGAAAUGAGCUAAAUGAAGGGCAUGAGGCUCCUGAAAGUGACGAGGAGAUGGAAACAGAUGAGGCUCCUAAAACUCUUGAAGAUGGGGGGCAAGCCACCGUUGAUGAGUUAAAAGAGUUAAACCUUGGAACUCAAGAAGAGCCACGCCCUGUCUACGUCAGAGAUGCCAGGACUCGACCCGAAAGUCGCUGUCCAUCGUUUAGCCAUCAAAAAGGGUGUCAGUCCAAAGAAGCAAUCCCAAAGACGUUUCAGGCCAGAAUUAUUCCUGAAAUUGAGGCAGAAGUAAACAAGCUCAUUGAUGCAGGAUUUAUUCGUGAAGUCAAGUACCCUACUUGGAUAGCAAACAUUGUGCCAAUACGAAAGGAAAAUGGACAGUUACGAGUUUGUGUGGACUUCCGCGAUUUAAAUGAGGCGUGUCCAAAGGAUGAUUUCCCACUCCCCGUAACGGAAAUCAUGAUUGAUGCUACCACUGGUCAUGAGGCUUUGUCAUUUAUGGAUUGUACUGCUGGAUACAAUCAAAUCCACAUGGCUCCUGAAGAUCAAGAAGCAACUGCAUUUCGUACCCCUAAAGGGAUAUUCUGUUACAAAGUUAUGCCUUUCGGCUUGAAAAAUGCCGGAGCUAUGUAUCAGCGUGCAAUGCAGAAAAUUUUCGAAGAUAUGAUGCAUCAAAUUGUGGAAUGCUACGUAGACGACUUGGUGGUAAAGUCUAAGAAGAAGGAGAAUCAUUUACUUGACCUUCGUCAAGUCUUCGAAAGAUUGCGAAAAUGGAAAUUAAAGAUGAACCCUCUCAAGUGCGCUUUCGGCGUCACCUCAGGAAAGUUUCUAGGCUUCAUUGUUAGGCACAGGGGAAUUGAAAUUGACCAAGAACCUAAGAACCUUAAGGAGUUGCGUGGCCUCCAAGGGCGUCUCGCUUACAUUCGAAGGUUUAUUUCCAAUUUGGCAGGCAGAUGUCAUCAUUUUAGUCAUCUCAUGAAAAAGGAUGCCCCAUUCAAAUGGGAUGACUCAUGUAAAAAGGCCUUCGAAAGUAUCAAGAAGUAUUUGUCUUCUCCCCCCGUCUUGGGAGCACCAAUAAAAGGAAACCACUCAUCAUUAAUAGCACGCAGGAGCGAUCCUGGGGCAAUGUGUCUCAAGAGCAAGAAGAUCGUAAGGAGACAACUCUUUAUUAUUUAA